GGCCUGCGAACCGGGCGCGGCGUUCAGGCCAGUCAGCUGUUUCUCCUUGGGCAGAGGGCGGAAGCCCGAGCAGCCUGGGGCGGAGCUUCGCGUGGAGCGAACGCCCACCCGCCCUACGUGCUCGUUCGCCUCCGAUCGCUGCGCGCGAGCCGGGAGUCCCCGCGGCGGGCGGCGGCGGCGGCGGCGGCGGCGGCGGCGGCGGCGGCGGCGGCGGCGUUGGCGGAAGGAGGCGGAGGUAGGGAGAAGCCCGCGGCUGCUGCGGCGAUAGCGAAAUGGCGGAGACCGUAGCGGACACCCGGCGGCUCAUCACCAAGCCGCAGAACCUGAAUGACGCCUACGGGCCGCCCAGCAACUUCCUCGAGAUCGACGUGAGCAACCCGCAGACCGUGGGGGUCGGCCGGGGCCGCUUCACCACCUACGAGAUCAGGGUCAAGACAAAUCUUCCUAUUUUCAAGCUGAAGGAAUCUACUGUUAGAAGAAGAUACAGUGACUUUGAGUGGCUUCGAAGCGAACUAGAGAGAGAGAGCAAGGUUGUGGUUCCCCCGCUCCCUGGGAAAGCAUUUUUGCGGCAGCUUCCUUUUAGAGGAGACGAUGGAAUAUUUGAUGACAAUUUCAUCGAGGAAAGGAAGCAAGGGCUGGAACAGUUCAUAAACAAGGUCGCUGGUCAUCCUCUGGCCCAGAAUGAACGUUGUCUUCACAUGUUUUUACAGGAUGAAAUUAUAGAUAAAAGCUAUACUCCAUCUAAAAUAAGACAUGCCUGAGUUUAGCAAGAAGAAGCAAAACCUGAGACCAUCAGUGAUUCACCCACACCAAUGAAGAAGUUGUAACUAACUUAGCAUGCUGCCCAGUCACUGGUAUAACACGCCUGGGUAUCCUAACACUUCCACGCUCCCUUCCAUUCUCUUUGUUUUGGCAGUUGACAAGAUGUUAAUUUGCUUUAGUGAAAACUCCCUCGCUCCAGCCUUCUUUCUGAGUAGCUCUUCCCGCGGUGUCUGUGCGCACACAGUAGCCUCCCAGUCCCUAGAACUUGCAGUGUCCUGACUAAAGCUGCCGACUUGCUCUCA